UUGUCGCGACCCCUGGCCUCCUCCAAUUAUUCGGGAACGAAGGCCGCUCCUUUCCGAAAGACUGGAUUUGUAGGUGACUCCGGUGCCACUGUUACAUCAUGUCCUGUCUCUGUCGAGUCUACUGCCGCAGUGACCAGUUGUGAAGGUGUCUGUAAAUCUUCCAUCGUCACAACCACUAGCACUCCUAACUCAUGCCAUCCCGAUGCCGCCACAUCCGUUUCUGUAGAGCGUCAGGCAAAAGUUGCGGAGACGCGUGCUCGCUUAGCUCUGAUAAAAGCUCGUCUUUCGGCGAUUCCCUUGACUUCUACUGCAGUCAGGCUCGAAACUUGCGACAGAUUCGUGCUCCGCCUGACUUGUUCUAAUCUGAAUGGAUAUUUACAGCCUGUGACAGUCUAUCUCUCGAAGACUGGCUUUCUCAUCUAG